ACUGGCACAGGCCACGGCACAGACCCCAUUUCUUCCUCCUUCCCUUCCCGCCGAAGUCCACCCGCUCCGUAUCCUUUCCUGCCAGUGCCACCAUGAGGCUCUACGUCUACGUUUUACAAGCGAGGGACCUGCCGGCGAAGGACUCCUACGUCAAGGUCCAGGUCGGGAGGCACAAGUCCAAGACUUGGACUGUGAAGGGCACCCAGAACCCCGCCUGGAACGAGGAGCUCGUCUUCAGGGUCCAUGAUCUCGACGAGGAAGUUGUGCUCUCUGUUUUCCAUCCCGAAGGUGACGCCGCCAACGGGAUGUUCGGCGGCUCCGGAGAGUUGAUGGGUCGUGCCCGCGUGCCACUUCAGUCCGUGGCUGGCGAGGAUAAGCAGACGCUGCCACCGACUUGGUUCCCCCUCGAGAGGCAUAAAGCAGGGAAAUUUAUAAACAAAGAUUGCGGCAAAAUUCUGGUCACGAUUUCAUUGCGUGGGAAAUGCCACGAUAAUUUGACUGACAACCAUAUGGCUUCUUCUGGGGUCCACAAAAAUGAAGGUGAAGAAAUGGAUCCAUCCUCCAAAGGGACAGGUGCGACCCACAAGACCCACGACGGGAAACAUCUAGUAAAGGCUGUUGCAAAUCGUCUCGAGAAGAUUUUCAGCAAGAACAAUGAAGGUCCCUGGACUGAGGAUUCCUCAGAAGUUUCUGCUGCAACAUCAGAUUACGAGGAUUGUGCCGAGGAAAGCAGUUCCGAUCAUAGCUUUGAAGAAGCGAUGGAGAGGAUGAAAUCGCACAGCAGUGGACAAGAUUUGCCCGAGAAUUUGCAGGGAGGCAUUCUUCUUGAUCGGAUAUUUGCAGUUCCACCUUACGAUCUGAAUGCGGUUCUCUUUGGGCCCGAUUCGCAGUUUAGACGAGACCUGGUGAAUUUGCAGGGAACAACCGAUGUCAAGGAGGGCCCUUGGACUUGGAAAGCAGGAGAAAUAUCACGUUUAACACGGGUUGUUUCAUACACGAGGGCAGCAACAAAGUUGGUUAAGGCAGUCAAAGCAACAGAGGAGCAAACCUACCUGAAAGCAGAUGGAAAUUUUUUUGCUGUAUUGGUAUCUGUGAGCACUCCAGAGGUUCCAUAUGGGAACAUGUUCGAUGUUGAGCUGCUCUACAAGAUAAUGCCGGGGCCUGUGCAAGCUAAUUCAGGAGAAGAAUCUUCACAUCUUCUUGUUUCGUGGGAAGUCCAAUUUCUCCAGUCGACUAUGAUGAGAGGAAUGAUUGAAGGAGGAGUUCGUCAGGGCCUAAAAGAGAGCUUUGAACAAUUUAUGGACCUACUGGCUCAGAAUUUCAAGAUGAUGAAUACCUCCGACUCUUUGCACAAAGAUCAAGUUCUCGCAUCACUGGAAGGUGGACACAAGUCCGAUUGGAAAUCAGCAUUUCAAUACUUUUGCAACUUGACUGUUAUUUUCACCAUUGCAAUGUUUUUCUAUGUCAUUUCUCACAUUGUAAUGUCAAAGCCCAGCGAAUAUCAAGGGUUGGAAUGCUACGGUGUCGAUUUGCCCGACAGUUUUGGAGAGCUUGUUACUUGUGGAAUUUUAGUUCUUCAAUUACAGCGUGUUUAUUACAUGGUCUUGCACUUCGUAAAGGCUAGGCUGCAGAAAGGCGGAGAUCAUGGAUUGAAAGCCCAAGGUGCUGGGUGGAUCCUCACUGUAGCUUUGAUCGAAGGGAUGAACUUAGCAUCUCUAGACUCGACUGGUCUUCCUGACCCAUAUGUGGUCUUAACUUGCAAUGGAAGAAUGAGAACAAGUUCUGUCAAGCUCCAAACAUGUGAUCCACAGUGGAAUGAGGUACUAGAAUUUGAUGCUAUGGAAGAACCGCCGUCGGUGUUAGAUGUGGAGGUUUUUGAUUUUGAUGGCCCGUUUGAUCAGGCAACCUCUCUUGGACACGCAGAGAUAAAUUUCUUGAAGCAUACUGCUACCGAACUGGCUGAUAUGUGGGUCUUUCUCGAGGGGAAGCUCGCUCAGUCUUCUCAGUCUAAGUUGCGUCUGCGGAUCUUUCUGGACAACAAUAACGGGGUCGAGACAAUCAGGGACUAUCUCACAAAGAUGGAAAAGGAAGUCGGAAAGAAGUUGAAUCUACGGUCUCCUCACAGGAACUCAACAUUCCAAAAGAUAUUUGGGUUGCCAGCAGAGGAGUUUCUUAUUAGUGACUUCACGUGUUCACUCAAGAGGAAAUUGCCAUUACAGGGGCGGCUCUUCCUGUCUGCAAGGAUUGUUGGGUUCUAUGCCAAUUUUUUUGGUCAUAAAACCCGGUUUUUCUUCCUGUGGGAGGAUAUUGAGGAAAUCCAAAUUCUUCCAGCGUCCUUGGCUUCAGUUGGAAGUCCCACACUAGUAAUAGUUUUACACAAGGGUCGAGGUCUGGAUGCAAGACACGGUGCAAAGUCUCAGGAUGAGGAAGGCAGGCUUUGCUUCUACUUCCAGUCGUUUGUAUCAUUCAACGUGGCAAGCAGAACAAUUAUGGCCUUGUGGAGGACUCGGACUCUGACUCCAGAACAGAAAGCACAAAUUGCAGAAGAGCAGCAAGAUCAAGAAAACGGCAUAAUUUCAGAUGAUCUUGGGUCCAUUUUGGGCGGUGAAGAUGCACAAAUGUCCAAAAUUUAUGGUUCCGAACUUCCUGUUAGCAUAAGUUCUCUGAUGGAAGUGUUCAGUGGGGGGGAACUGGAGCACAAAGUAAUGGAGAGAUCGGGCUGCCUUAAUUAUGCAACCACUGCUUGGGAGACAGUGAAGCUCGGUGUCUUUGAGAGGUCAGUGUCUUACAAAUUCAAUCGCCAUGUCUCGAUCUUUGGAGGGGAAGUGACCUGCACCCAGCAAAAGACAUCCAAUGAGGAUGGGUGGACCGUGAACGAAGUCAUGGCACUCCACAACGUCCCCUUUGGGGACCACUUUCGGGUACACUUCAGGUAUCAGAUUGUGAAAUCAGUUCUAACUCAUAGUUCCUGCAAGUGCGAUGCGUAUAUGGGUAUUCUAUGGCUCAAGAGCAUCAAGUUCCAGCAGAGGAUAUCUCGGAACGUAACAGAGAAAUUCACCCACAGGCUGAGGGAAAUAUUCGGGCUGGUCGAGAAAGAGAUUCUUUGACAAAUACUUCAGCUUUUAUUAUCGUUCAUGUCAGUUUUUCUUCCCCCCCGCCCCCCCUACUUCCUUGAGAUGCCAAAUUCAAAUUGUACAUUAGCUAGUAAGGAAGCCAUGGCACAUCGAAAGGAAGCCAUGGCACAUCGAAGUUCGCCACGAGAGGUAUGACUAAUGAGGAGUCUCCAAGCAUUGUCAACCAUUCGGGGAGUCCUAUCAUGAGCCUGUUAUCAAAUCCCAUCCUUCUAGGAUGCAAUCGGGCUACGAAGAAGAAGAAGAAGAAGAAGAAGAGGAGCAUGAAAGGAUAAGAGCCCAGUCUCGGAUUUUAUUAUCCCGUAUAUGUCCUCGGCUCACAGCAUUUCUUGUACUGCAAACUGGCCAGAAGAUUGCAGCAAUGAAAACCUUCUGUGAAAUGAAAUGCUAUAUUCCUCUUCUUACUUU